AUGCAACCGACGGAGUUUGUGUUGUACGAUUGCGAGCUCCAGCACCCGAUUAAAGGAGGCAACCAAACAUUAUUAGGUGGGUGUAUGGUGUAUGAAACCAUGAAAGGUGUAUUGGGUGAAGAAGUGACAUCUCUUACAGUGACUCGUAACAACAAGAGCGAAGUGUGUUACUUUACAUCAUUACAUGGCGAUUUAAUGUUAGGUGCGUGUGGUCGCGAGGAGUUUCUUCCUGACGUAUUAGAAGUGAUGAAAGAGUCGAUUAUCAUGCGGUUUGGGUGUUAUAAAGUCCUCAAACCGAAUUUGAAAGAUUCGAAAGACGAUGAUGUGACUGCUAAAGCCAAGAAUUUGACUUUAUUAAAUAGCCCGACUUUUUUGCCGAUUGUUCACUCAUACAGUCUUCACUGCACAACGUGCACGAGUUUUUUCCCCAUUUCACAUGUCUUGUACACUCCAAAAGUCCCAUGCCGGGCGCCAACUAUUGCUGCGUUUAUUAAGGCAAUGGGUCAUUUAAGUAAACGAGUGACUAACAAUUCUUUGUUAGGUGCUGCGCUCUAUUUAAAUCGCGAAGACUUCUUUUCUGUUGCUUCCACAUUACCAACAGAAAUUGAUCAUGUUGUGCGAAUUGUUGCAAUGGCCUUAGCCAACGGGACUAUGGCGAGGAAGACCACCGUUUCUGAAAUCUUCUUGACAGUCUCCCAACUGAACACUUUAACUGCUUCAUCUGUUGUAAUGGGGAAGGAGAGUUACGACAAAAUCAAGACGACACUUCUAAGUUUACCAAUUGUGUGUGAGGAGUGUCAAUUGAAGAAGGUCAAAGUCGUUGUGACGGUCAAUAAAGGGUUUGUGAUGGUCGAGUUGUUAUGUUGGGACAUUUCACAAGAAUAUUUGGACCAAGCCGAGACGGAGAAUUUGGCGGGGAUGGAGGGCUUGAUGCAAUUCGAGUUCUUAGAAGGCAAAAAAAUGCCCCUUAAUAAGGUGAGAAUUGAUGAAGGAACAAUGACCAUCGAGCCCCCCAAUUUAUGUGGGAGUCGUGUCAAUGAUAAUUUACUCCAAACUAUUAAUAGGGAGAAAAUCCUCUCCCAAGAAGGAAAAGAUAGAAUACUCGUAUGUCCGACAGACGAUGAAUGUUACUUCUGUUCGUGCGCAGACAAGGAACUCUUCGCCUUCAAAACGUCGAUUAAGGAAGUCGACAAGUCCAUAUUCUAA